ACUUCUAUCCAGCAUGAGCGUGGGAGUCUUCCUCAGGAAGAAGCCGCGACGCCAUCAAACCGCCCCUCCCCGUCGCCCGUACUACUGCCCCUCCAUUUCUUCCCCCCACCUCGAACACUCGAACGUUCGGAUCAAAUUUCCUCUUCGCCUUCAUCCCGCACGCUUGCCGAGUACAGCUGCUCCCACCGAUCGAGGUGGGGAAGGGGAGGAGGAGGCUAGGGUCGCUGCGAUCCCGCGAUGGCGGCGGCGAGGCUGACCCCCAACGCCGUGACGGCGACGCUGGCGGGGGACACCAACCUCAAGCCGGUGGUGCAGGUCGUCGACCUCCGGAGCAUCGCGGUCACCGGCCCCCCGGGCGCCGGGCCCAGGUUCCGCGCCAUCAUCUCCGACGGCGUCGCCACGACGCAGGCGCUGUUCGCCGCGCAGCUCUGCGACCUCGCGCGCUCUGGCCUCGUCCGCCGCGGCGCGAUCGUGCAGCUCCUCGAGUACAUUGUCAACGACGUCCGUGGAAGGAGGGCUAUGGUCAUUCUUAACAUGGAAGUUCUUGUUCCAGAGUGUGAGAUUAUUGGAAAUCCAGUACUGCCUCCUGAAUCUGGAGUUUCUAAUUCAAAUUCCAUGAGAGCAGACCAGUUUAAUGGCACACUUGGUUCAACAGCAGGAAGUACUUUGAGCACAGUAACAAGGUCCAAUGACAAUGCUCCAGUAAUCCAGCGACCGAUGGCAGGGAACUCUUCGAACAUGAUCCCUAGGCCAAGUGACAAUGCACAGGUCUUCCAACCAACAGUACAGCCAUCCUAUCGCCCUGCACCCAAUUACAGAAACCACGGCACAAUCAUGAAAAAUGAUGCUCCCGCUAGAAUAAUCCCCAUAUCUGCACUAAAUCCUUAUCAGGGCCGCUGGGCUAUCAAGGCUCGAGUUACUGUCAAGGGAGGGAUCCGCCGGUACCAUAAUGCAAAAGGUGACGGUAAAGUGUUCUCUUUUGACCUGCUUGAUUCUGAUGGUGGUGAGAUACGGGCUACAUGUUUCAAUGCUCUUGUUGAUCGUUUCUAUGAAGCUGUGGAAGUUGGUAAGGUCUAUGUGGUAUCAAGAGGAAGCUUGAAACCUGCAAAAAAGGACUACAACCAUCUGAAUAAUGAGUGGGAAAUUUUCUUGGAAUCUCAGUCAACCAUUGAGCUUUGUCCUGAUGAGAACAGCUCCAUUCCUGCCAUGCGGUUUAGCUUCACAUCGAUUGAUAAAAUUGAAGAUUCAGAGAACAAUGCUAUUGUUGAUGUCAUUGGUGUCGUUACAUCUGUCAACCCUAGUACCACAAUACAGAGGAAAAAUGGCAUGGAAACUCAGAAAAGGACCAUUACCCUGAAGGAUAUGUCUUGUCGAAGUGUUGAGGUUACCAUGUGGGGUGACUUCUGCAACAGAGAAGGCUUGCAGCUGCAAGAAAUGGUCGAAUGUGGGGCCUUUCCUGUGCUGGCUGUCAAGGCUGGAAGAGUGAAUGAUUACAGUGGCAAGUCUGUUGGCACAAUUUCUUCAACUCAACUCCUCAUAAACCCUGAUCUUGCUGAAGCUCAUAGCCUUAGGCAGUGGUUUGAUUGUGGAGGAAAAGAUGCUUCUACUCAGUCCAUAUCCAGGGAUUUCACUCCAGCAGCAUCAAGGAAUGAGAUCCGAAAGACAGUAGCACAGAUAAAGGAUGAUGGUCUUGGAAUGGGGGACAAACCUGAUUGGGUCACGGUGAAGGCUACUGUUGUAUUCUUCAAGACCGACUCCUUCUGCUACACAGCUUGCCCCAACAUGAUCGGAGACAGGCAAUGCGGUAAGAAGGUGACAAAGUCUGACUCAGGCAACUGGCUCUGUGACAAGUGCAACCAAGAGUUUCCAGAGUGUGAUUACAGGUAUCUCCUGCAGUUACAGAUCCAAGAUCACUCGGGAACAGCUUGGGCAACAGCAUUCCAAGAGCCUGGGGAGGAGCUACUUGGUUGCUCGGCGCGAGAACUCUAUACGUUUAAAGAGAAUGAGGAUCCUCGCUAUGCAGAUGUUUUGCUCCAAGGCUUGUACCGGCAGUAUCUGCUGAGGCUGAAAGUGAAAGAAGAAACAUACGGAGACGAGAGACGCGUGAAGAACACCGUGUUCAAGGUGGAGAGGAUUGAUCCUUCGGCUGAGAGUAAAUUUCUGCUUGAUGACAUUUCAAGGUUGACAGGAUCAUAUUGACAGCUUCAUUCUACAUCUAGCAACUGAUGGUCGUCCAUGUGUUGCACUUCUGAGGGGUGUGGUAUCAGUAGCUCACUCUCCCAUUCCCAUUCACGCGACCGGAGGUUUCUUUGGCUAGUUGUCUUAUUCAUUCAGUACUCUUGAUCCGUAGAUUUUUCAUUUUUUAUGUGUGCAGGUAGCUGCACCUUGAAGCUGCGAUGUCUCAUUGCCUGUUUAACUAAACACUCUGCUUGUAACUGCAGUUUCUCUGAAAGCUUUGUUUUGUAAAGUUACUUUGGGUAAAUCUGUUUGGUUUAAUUUCAUGCAAUAGAACAUC